UGCUGGGAGCUGUAGUUUCUAAAGCAAAGGCAAAACAGAAAUAGAUACUACAAUUCAUGGACUCACUUGUGCAAAGAAAGUAAAAGAGAUACAAACAAAGAGCAAGCAGGAGACCAGUGAUAACAAGAAAACUCCCCUGCAAGGGAUGCUGCCCAUAGUGGAUCACCUGCUGGAUGCGCUAAAUCUAGAGCCCACCCCCUUCAGGAUUUAUACAAUCACUGCCUUACUUCUGCUCUUCGCUGGCAUCAUUGCUCGCACUCUCAUUAAGGUGGCGCUCUACAUACAGGCAUAUUCAACAAAUGCCAGAAGGCUUAAGUGUUUUCCAGAGCCUCCAAGGCGCAACUGGUUUAUUGGACACCUAGGAAUGUUUAUGCCUAAUGAAGAGGGGCUACAGGAAGUCGCCAAGCAAGUCAGCAAGUUUACUCACUAUCUCAAGACUUGGAUGGGCCCAUCCAUCCCUUUAAUAUCACUGAUUCAUCCGGACUCUAUCAAACCUGUUGUUGCAGCUUCAGCUGCCAUUGCACCUAAGGAUGAAUUAUUCUAUGGCUUUCUUAAACCCUGGUUGGGAGAUGGUCUUUUGCUCAGCCGUGGAGAGAAAUGGGCCCGCCACCGACGUCUAUUGACUCCUGCUUUUCACUUUGAUAUUUUAAAGCAUUACAUGAAGAUUUUCAACCAGAGCACAGAUAUUAUGCAUGCUAAAUGGCGGAGACUGUGUACAGAAGGCCCAGUGUCCCUAGAUAUGUUUGAACACAUCAGUCUCAUGACAUUGGACAGCUUGCUGAAAUGUACAUUUAGUUAUGACAGUGACUGCCAAGAGAAGCCAAGCGAUUACAUUGCUGCAAUAUACGAGCUGAGCAACCUGAUUGUGAAACGUGAACACUUCCUUCCCCACCACUUUGACUUUAUCUACCGUUUUUCCUCCAAUGGAAGAAAAUUCCAAAGUGCAUGCAAAACUGUGCAUGACUUUACUGCAAAUGUAAUACAGCUGAGAAAGAAGGCUUUACAAGAGAAGGGGACAGAUAACUGGAUCAAAUCCAAGCAAGGAAAGACAAAAGAUUUCAUUGACAUUCUAUUACUGUCAAAGGAUGAGGAUGGCAACCCCUUAUCGGAUGGAGAGAUGAGAGACGAAGUGGAUACAUUCAUGUUUGAAGGACAUGACACCACAGCCAGUGGACUCUCCUGGAUCCUGUAUAAUUUGGCCUCUCACCCGGAAUAUCAAGAAAAAUGCAGAGAAGAAAUAAAAGAAUUAUUAAAGGGAGAAACAGGUCACUUGGAAUGGGAUGAUUUGUCUCAGCUGACGUUUACCACCAUGUGUAUUAAGGAGAGCCUCCGAAUACAUCCUCCUGUAACAGCAGUGUCUCGACGAUGUACAGAGGAUAUUACACUGCAUGAUGGAAAAGUCAUUCCAAAAGGUAACAUCAGCCUGAUAAGUAUUUAUGGAACCCACCACAACCCACUUAUUUGGCCAAAUCCAGAGGUCUAUGAUCCGUAUCGAUUUGAUCCAGACUCCACUCAAGAGAGGUCCCCACAUGCAUUUGUACCUUUCUCUGCUGGACCUAGGAAUUGUAUUGGACAAAACUUUGCCAUGGCUGAAAUGAAAGUGGUGCUUGCUCUUACACUGCUCAACUUCAAUGUGACCUUGGAUCCCAAUAAGACAGUUCGCAGGAAGCCUGAAUUGAUCUUGAGAGCAGAGGGGGGAUUGUGGCUUCAAGUGGAAGCGCUAAAACCUUAAAUCUACAGAUGAAGACUUAAAUGGGCAAUUUCUUUAAAACUAUUUUUUGCUAAUGCAAUAAAACAUAUUUCUAAUAUACUUUUUUUUUUUUUUUAAAUGAAGUUGUCUAUGUUUUAUUU